UAAUAAAAUACCUAGCUUAAAUCAUUAUGAGUGUUUUUUUUAUCACAUAAAAAAUAGAAACAGUAGCUACCAAGCAAACUUUUUGAACAUGUAGCAAAGCAAAUGGGAAGUAAAGUCUCCUAAUAUUAAAUAAAAUAUAAAAGCCAAUAUGUAAUAAUACAAAUAUAGUUGUCCCUUGAGUUAGUGGACAAAAUACGAAAACCACACAGCGUUUCUGGAUAUGCAAAAUCACUGAACAUGGGGGAAAACAGUCUGCGAUACUUUACUGCUGAAGAUUUUCUGAGCAUAAGUUCAACAGUAUACUUGCAUCUUUGAAAUUUUCUGUGCACAGAAAGCAUCUGAUUUUGGGAGUGCCACCAAACUGGAUGUUGAAAAUGGAGCUGAAGCAGGAGCAUUUCUGAGCAAUGAUGUUUUAUGACUUUAAAUCUGGUUUGUCAUAAUCCCAAUGCCUCCACUGUUUGCAAGCAGCAUUUCCUUACUCUUAUCCAUCCAGAACACAAGUGUUCUUCUGGUGGUUAGGAGAAUUUAGACAUGGCAGAAACAGUCAUAAAGAUGAAGAAAGAAUCAGUCAACCUGAAACUGCAGUGAUUCUGGAAAAUGUUUCACAUUAAGAAACUGCUUAGAGAAGACUUGUAUAAAGAUAUAGAGUACACUUUUGGUAUUGGAUUGGCAGCAAUGAAUGAUAUCUUGCACAAUCAUCUUCACAUCAGGAAGAUUGUAUCUUGGUGGGUGCCUCAUUCUCUAAUUAAACAGCAAAAAGAAACUCAUGUGGAAUGGUGCCACUAUAUGAUGGAAAAUUUUCAACAAGGAACUUCAAAAUGUGUGGGACAUUCACUGGUGACAAGACCUGGAUACCAGUAUGACUCUGAAAGCAAUACACAGUUGACAGUUUGGGUCUUCUCUGAUGUAGCACCACCUGUCAAAGUCAAAUGUCUAAGAAUUGUUGGUCAGAAAAUGGUAGCAGUAUUCUUUGGAAGACAGGUCAUGUUGUCACCAUAGCCUUGAGGAUCAGAAGACAGUUAAUGCUGAGUGGUACAUCACCAUUACUUUUCCUUGAAUCUUUCAAGAAAUCUGCAGACAGCACUUUAAAGCAGGUCUUUGUGGAUUCUUUCUCUACUAUGACAAUGCAGCAGUGCAUACUGCAGUGAGAACACUGGACUACUUGAGUGACUCCAGAGUGCAAUUUGUCACCAAUCCACCUUAUAGUACAGAUUUUGCACCCUGUAAUUUCUUUCUGUUUCCCAAAGCCAAGGAAGUCCUCAAGGGAUGUCAUUUUGGGAGUCUGGAAGAGGCAGUUGCCGUAUACGGAGACACCUUGGCAGACAUCUCAGAAGAAGACUGGUGUCAGUGCUUCUAGAGCUAGUUCUGCAUGCAACAGUCCAUCAAGCAUCAGGGAGAGUACUUUGAGAAGAUAUGAGGAGGGACACAAAAUAACAAUAAACAAGGCUGAUGUAUCCAGAAACUUUCAGUGUCCUUGUAUUUAUCCUAAAGGAAAAAUUUAUAACCUUGUUUUAUUUGUGGAUAGAACACACUUGAAGU